GAUAAAACCAGACGAUAAACUGAUAAACUGGUAAACUGGGACCCGGUUUUCUUCCUCAAAACGUCGGCGAAAGACGUGUCAAGAUUUUCAGGUACUUCCAUAGAUCUCUCUGCUCUCUGUAUAUUUUCUCGUAGUCGUUCACUCUGUCGAUCUCUCCCAUUGACUGCCACUUUACUGCUUCCCAGAAUUCCAAUCCACCCUCACAAAUUUACUACUUCUUCCAUUUCCUCCCCACCAAUCCAAUCCAAUCCAAUCUUCCCACCGCCAAAGAUUCAUACUGGUUUUCGAAUUAUCGUUUUUUCUUCUUCUUCGAGCUCGAAGCUUUUCCGGGUACGUUGAAUUUUUACGACUAGCAUCGUCAGCCAUGGCGGUUUGUUUUAACUACCAUUUGAAGGUUUUUGGGUAUUGAGCCAUUUCGGUUGGAUACCAUUUUUGGGUUGGUUUCCGUAUUUUUGGGCUUGUGGGUUAUGGUGGUAAAGCUGGUAAUUGCAGUUGGCGUAUAAGUGCUUUUUCAGAAAGGGCUUUUGGGCAUUGAGAAUUGAGCUCUUCUGUUGUACAGAAAUGGGGAGACUGUAAAAGGCUAGGAAGUUCAUCAAACCAUCUUAGGAUUUCCCGAACUCCAUUGCUGAUGGAGGGUUCGCCUAGGCUUGGCUCAAAAGGCCUAAUUAGGAAACAUGAGUUUGUAAGGAUAAUUAUUCAAUGUCUGCUUUCAAUUGGCUAUGAGAAGUCUGCUUCAUGCUUGGAGUUGGAGUCUGGCAUUUCAUGCAAAUCCGAUGAUUUUCAAAUGCUGGAAUCACAGAUAUCAAGUGGGAAUUGGGAUGGUUGUGUUGAUACCCUGAAUACCAUCAGUGAUUUGACAGAUGAUACGAGAGCUGCUGCUUUGUUUCUUGUAUUCAAACAAUGUCUUUUGGAGUCUUUGAAAUGUGGGGAUGACAAAUUGGCUCUGGCCAUUUUGCAGAAAGAGGUGUCAACAUUACAUGUAGACAGAGGGAAAGUUCAUAAGCUUGCUCGCAGUAUCCUGUCAUCGAAGGAAAUGGAGCAGAGCAAAAUAGAUGAUAUUGCUGUUUGUGAGUUGCGUAAAAAACUAUUGCAAGAAUUAGAAAAAUUGCUUCCUCCACCAAUCACACUGCCCGAGAACAGGUUGGAACAUCUGGUUGAAACUGCUGUUUUGUCCCAGAUUGAUUCAUGUAUGUAUCACAAUUUGUCGGAUGCGGUUUCACUUUAUGCUGACCAUUUCUGUGGUAGGGAUCAGAUCCCCACUGAAACUGUUCAGAUUUUGACUGAGCAUAAGAAUGAAGUUUGGUUUGUACAAUUUUCUAAUAACGGGGAGUAUUUGGCCUCUUCAUCAAGUGAUUGCGCGGCCAUCAUAUGGAAGGUGCUGGAGGACAGUAGGGUGGCAUUACAACAUACUCUGAGGAGUCACCAGAAACCGGUAUCCUUUCUAGCAUGGAGCCCCGAUGACUCAAAGUUGCUUACAUGUGGAAAUGUUGAAGUUGUCAAACUAUGGGAUGUGGAAACAGGUACAUGCAAGCAUACAUUUGGGGAUCUCGGCUUCAUUGUCAGCUCAUGUGCUUGGUUUCCCGACUCAAAGCGACUUGUGUGUGGCAGUUCCGACCCUGAAAAGGGCAUCUACAUGUGGGAUUGUGAUGGCAACGAGUUGAAAGCAUGGAGAGGGAUGAGGAUGCCCAAGAUUUUAGAUCUUGCUGUGACACCAGAUGGGGAAAAUCUUAUCAGCAUUUUCUCUGAUAAAGAAAUUCGAAUUUUAAAUGUGGGAACAAAUGCAGAACGUGUCGUUUCUGAAGACAAUUCUAUCACAUCCCUUUCAAUUUCUGGAGACAGUAAGUUCUUUAUUGUCAACCUAAAUAGCCAGGAGAUUCAUAUGUGGGAUGUCGCUGGGGAAUGGGAGAAGCCGCUGAAGUUUACGGGCCACAAGCAAAGCAAGUAUGUGAUACGCUCCUGCUUCGGUGGAUUGAACAGCACAUUUAUUGCCAGUGGUAGUGAGAAUUCACAGGUAUACAUUUGGAACCGAAGAAAUUCUAAGCCGAUAGAGGUUUUGCGUGGGCAUUCAAUGACUGUGAAGUGUGUGAGUUGGAAUCAUAAGAGACCGCAGAUGCUGGCAUCAGCAAGUGAUGAUCAUACCAUCCGUAUAUGGGGAUCGAGCCGACCUAAUAAGAUUCAACCUCAGAAGCUGAGUUGAAAAGAUCACAUCUCCUAUUUUACAUCCCGUCACCCUCUGUAUAUAUGGCUUUUGUUCUUUUCAAGCUCCUAUUUGUUAAUGAGUGUGAAUAUAUAUGUUUUUUGAAAAUUUUGGUGUACAUUUCCACUUUGAGA